UUAAACGCGGUAAUUUUCUUGAUAGUUCAGACGCAAACCAAACGCAACCAUCUUACAACUCUGUUAGGGUUAUAGAGGGAUAAAGAAAGAAUAGUAGCUAAAAGAAAAUAUUGAUAAGGAAUCAAAACUUUGUUAUGACCGAGGGGAAUAGAAAUUACAAAGAAGACGUAGGGUAUACGACCGAGUUGUGUAACUACUUGCUUCGUACACUCGGGAUAUGGCCAUUUUCGAAGAAAAAAAAGGGAUAUAUGGAAAGUUUGCUAAAACUUCUCGUCAUUUUAUUUAGUUACUCUCUACUGUGUUUCUUCGUUGUACCAGCUAUACUUCAUCUACUCUUGAUCGAAAAAAAUUCUCACGUGAAGCUGAAAAAAUUGCCGCUCAUCUUUUACAACGUCAUUUCGAUCGCGAAAUACAGCGGAUUGCUCUUGCAGGAGAAUCAAAUCGCUCGUUGUCUGAAGCACGUCGAAGAGGAUUGGAAAAGUAUAGGAAGUGAACGUUACCGUGUGAUAAUGAAAGAAAAAGCAAAGCUUGGAAGACGAUUGCUUCUCAUUUGCGGUAUUCUCAUGUAUAGCAGCGGUGGUUUCAAUCGAAUUUUUCUACCCCUUUCUAGGGGCAAGAUAGUAACUCCUCAAAAUAUUACGAUCAGACCUCUCCCUUGUUCCGGAUACUAUAUCUUCUUCGAUGAUCAAAUCAGUCCUAAUUACGAGAUCAUCUUUUGCCUGCAAUGCAUCUCUGGAUUGGUCACUUAUUCUAUUACCACAGCGAUCUGUGGCUUGGCAGCACUUUUCGUUAUGCACACUUGCGGACAACUCGAAAUUCUCGUCGAAUUAAUCGAAGGUAUCGUUGAAAAGACAGAUAACGGAGAAAAUCAAACGAAUAAGCUGAUUUCUAUUACGGUCGAGCAUCAAAUUAGAGUACGAAGUUUUUUGCAAACGGUAGAAGUUACGAUGCAUCAGAUAUGUUUGUUCGAGCUCAUGGGUUGCACCUUGACCAUGUGUUUCUUUGGAUAUUGUUUGAUUACGGACUGGAGCAAUCGCAACCCGACUAGUAUUUGUACAUACUUUAUCGGGCUUUCAUCUGUAACGUCUCAUAUUUUCAUGUUCUGUUUUGUCGGUGAACAGCUUACUUUACAGGCGGAGAAGGUGGCUUUAACAUCUUGCGUACUCGAUUGGUAUCGUUUGCCAAACAACAAGGCCAAGAGCGUCAUUUUAAUAAUGGCUAUAUCUCACUGUCCCAUGAGAAUUACAGCAGGAAACGUAAUAGAACUUUCCCUUCAAACUUUUGGUCAGGUUAUCAAAACAGCAGCAGCAUAUUGUAAUAUAUUACGAACAGUAACUUAAUCAUUACUUUCUCAAGUAGUAAAAAGAAUAUUAUAAAAUAUAUGUAAAAAAACGUGAUAAAACGAUGUAAAAAUUUCAGAUUCAUGCAAAUAAUUUUUUGCAUUAUAAUUUAAUAAGGUGUAAAUCAUGAUGUCUCGAUCUUUAAUGAAGCUUUAAUGAAGCUUUUUUUAUACUGUAUGUGUAAGUUUUUCAGUAUAUUAAAAAUAUUAUUUUUCAGACAUGACAAAAACUAAAGGAAUACAUUGAGUUUAAAGUACGAAUAAAAGUGACUCGUACAAAAUAUAGAUUGUAAGAUACGCAAUGAACCACAAAAAAUAAGACAGGGAUUUUAUAAAGUUUUUUGAAGUACAUGCAAUGAAAGGAUUGUGUGUCUACAGAAAGCGCUAUCUACUUCUCUCGUUAAAUAUUUAUUGCACUGUUGUAAUCGAUGUUAUGUGAACUUUUACAAAUUCCCUAUCUCUUUUAUGCUACUUGUAAUUUAUCUGUGGUUUUAUCUAGCUAGCUUACGAUUGAUAUGUAUUUAUAAAAAUCCAAAAAUUUUUUAAUUUACUAUGUACAAAUAAAAUUCUCUUCAUUAAU